UUCAAUCAAGUCUUUACAUAGGAAAUGACUGACCAUCAGAGAGAGGCAGAUAGAACAAAAGGGAAGGAGUUGGCGACAACCUCUUCGGAGUCUUCUCCAUUGGGGUGGAGCACUUACAAUGCUCACUUUGUCCGACUAGCUAUCGAAAAAGUUGCUUGCCCUGGUACCACUGAUAUAACAGAUAGAGAGAUCUUCUUUGACACAGUCAGACAGAUGCAGGAUAUUGUUACAAAAGAGCCCAAGCUUCCCACUCUCCCAGAGGAGCUGGACUUGCAUAGGCUUUUCCUAGAGGUGAUUUCUCGAGGUGGGAAGCGAAAGAUUGAGAAGGAAGGAUUGUGGGAAGAGGUCCGUGAUGUUAUUUACCCAAAUAUGGCAGUUUCUGACCUGCUUGAUCUUUAUGAUGAGUACCUGCUUCAUUACUGUGAAGAUUUCAUUGUCCAAAAUAAUGCUGCCUCUGAACAAAGUUCAACUACAACACCAGCUGAAGCACAUCAGAGGUUCAGACAAAGGCUACCUGCAGCACAAGGCCCGUGUAUUGCUACCGAAAAGAGAGAGAGCAAUUUUUAUCCAGAUCUGCCAUUGACUUCACCUGCAAUGUUAAACCAAGUACCAGAUAUGGAAGUGUUAACUCCACCAACAAUGCUACCAAAUCAUUCAAGUUCACUUUGGGCAAUGGCGGACAGCUGGUUUCCAAUAAAUACUCAAGCCAAGAUCAGUCAACAACAGCAGCAAAAUAUCCUCUCAGCUCCAUGCUCAAGUUCAAUUCCAACAGAAGAAGAGGUUGCGGAAGGACUCCGCCUCCUUACAGAAUCUAUACCAGAGUGGUACUGGGACAAAUCCUUGGAUCCUCAGCUGGAUGCAGUUGCAAGCUCAGAUCUGGGUGAAGAUUAUCAAGGAAUGGACCCAACCCUAUACUUUGACGUAAAAGAACUUGCCCCUACAAUGAGUUCAACUGCAAGAACAUUCCCAACACAAGGGGAGGUUGGAACAGAGCUCCUCUUGACACAAGCUGAAUCUGCUUCUAUGCCAGAGAGGGACUGGAACAUGUCCUUGGAUUCUCAGCUGGAUGCAGUUAAAAACCCAGAUCUGACUCAACCUGAUCAAGCUCCUUUGCUGGGUUCCUAUACAGGAACGGAGCCAAUCCCAUACUUUAAAGCAGAAGCUCCAGAGUUGAAUUCGACUGCAAGACCAAUAGAAGCUCGACUUGAAAUUAAACCAAGGCUCACAUUAGCAGUAGGUCAAGUUACUCCUACAAGUCAGAGGAAAGUUAGUGAUUCAUUGCCUACAGAUGAUCUGGCUAAUGCAGAGAAGAAGAAACUGAAGACAGAAGCAGCAGAACUUCAACCAAGUGCACCAUCUGAAUACAAUAUCUCUGUAAAAGAACAGUGGGUUAGUAGUGACAGACCAGGCGACAUACAGAUGAAAGCUGAAGAAUCAGGGAGUCUAAAAGAGGCUGAAAAAUCCGUUGAUAACCAAAAAGCUGUGGAAGACAAACGGAGAUCUGACAGAAAUAUAUCCAUGACAGAAAUCCUAAUGCAAAAGGCAAAAGCUGAGAUACAUUGCAAUGUGGGAUCUGGUGAAAAGGCUAAACCAGAAGGUGAAAAAGACGUAGACAAAAGUUUGAACAUGGAGUUAUUAACAGGGGCAACACAUGGUAGAAAAGGAAUUUCUGGAAAAGGCUAUUUGGAAGGAGAGAAAACUGCAGACUAAGAUUUGGAUAAAGUCUCAACUCCAGGGACAGGACAUGGAAGAAAAUGAAGCGAAAUCAGAAGAGGUUUUAGCCCUUCUCAUGGAAUGA